AUGCUCAAGAGACCAUCGUUCCUCCUGAUGGUCUAUCGCCCAGUAGCUUCUUCUCCCUCUAUGGCUCAGAGAACCCGUAUCCCAACCCGCUUGGUCGCCACAGCUUCCGCGACAGCUUCCCCGGACAUGUCUUCACUCAACGCCGCCAAGGACUUUAUUCGUUUUGUAAACGAUUCUCCUACCCCCUACCACGCUGUUGCCUCUGCCGUCUCUCGCCUCCAGAAGGCCGGCUUCGUCCACAUCAAGGAAAAAGACCCCUGGGUAUCCGAAAUCCAGCCCGGCGGCAAGUACUUCAUAACGCGCAACGCCUCGUCCAUCAUCGCCUUCGCCGUCGGUCGCAAAUGGCGUCCCGGAAGCCCCAUCGCCAUGGUCGGCGCCCACACCGACUCGCCCUGCCUCCGCUUCAAGCCCGUGAGCAAGAAGACGAACGCGGGCUUCAUGCAGGUCGGCGUCGAGACAUACGGCGGCGGCAUCUGGCACAGCUGGUUCGACAGGGACCUCGGAGUCGCUGGUCGCGUGCUCGUGAAGACCUCCGACGGCGCCAUCGUCCCGCGCCUCGUCAAGAUCGACAAGCCCGUUCUUCGCAUCCCGACCCUGGCCAUCCACCUCGAUCGAUCUGCCAACUUCGAACCUAACAAGGAGACCGAGCUCUUCCCCAUCGCCGGGCUCGUCGAGGCCGAGCUCAACAAGGCCGAUGAGAAGGACGUUGCAGCCGAGGCCGAGAACAAGCCCUUCCAACCCCUCGCCGCCAUGGGCGAGCGCCACCACCCGCACAUCGUCGACCUCAUCGCCGAAACAGCCGGCGUAUCCCCCUCCGACAUUGUCGACUUCGAAAUGCUCCUCUUCGACACCCAACCCCCCUGUCUCGGCGGCCUCAACGACGAGUUCAUCUUCUCGGCCCGCCUCGACAAUCUUAACAUGGCAUACUGCACCAUCGUCGGCCUCCUCGAAUCCUCCACCGACGCCUCCCUCGAAAACGACUCCACCAUCCGUCUAGCCGCCUGCUUCGACCACGAGGAGAUAGGUUCCCUCUCGGCCCAAGGCGCCAACUCCAGCUUCCUCCCCUCCAUCCUCCGCCGCCUCGCAGCCGUCAAGGCCACCAACGACGACGACGCCAGCUGGGACGUCGAGCCCGACUCCUCCGCCGCCUUCGAGCAGACCCUCGCCCGCUCGUUCCUCAUCUCCGCCGACAUGGCCCACUCCGUCCACCCCAACUACGCCGGCAAGUACGAAUCCGACCACCGCCCCGUCAUGAACAAGGGAACCGUUAUCAAGGUCAACGCCAACCAGCGCUACGCCACGAAUUCCCCCGGUGUCGUCCUCGUACAGGAGUGCGCCCGCCGCGCUGAGGUGCCCCUCCAGCUCUUCGUUGUGCGCAACGAUUCGCCUUGCGGCUCGACUAUUGGCCCCAUGCUGAGCGCCAAGAUGGGCGUCAGGACUCUGGAUCUGGGGAAUCCCCAGUUGAGCAUGCACAGUAUCCGAGAGACGGGCGGUACCCACGACGUCAAGGUUGCUGUGGAGUUGUUUAGGUCAUUUUACGAAUCGUAUGGUGAACUUGAAGAGAAGAUUAUUGUGGAUUGA